AUGAAGAUUAUUCAAUCAAUUAUAAUUAUUAUAUAUUUUUUUAAUUUAACAAAAUCUAUUAGAAAAAAUAAAAAUAAAAAUGUACUUGGUUUAUGGAAAAGUAUUGAUAAUCCUGGUCUUCAUAAUCAAAAUGUUAAUGUUUCAAAUGUUUAUUUAAUUAGAAAUGUUACUAGAAUUCUUAAUACAAUUCUUUUGAAACAAGAUAAAAAUUUUAGACCAACAAAUGGAGAAAAAAAUAAACCAUUAACUGUUGAGGUUGAUGUUCUUGUUAUUGGUAUUGGACCAAUUUCAGAACAUGAUUUAUUAUUUUCUUGUGAUUGUUAUUUUCGCCAACGUUGGUUAGAUGAUCGUUUAGCAUUUACCCCAAUAACAGGUCAAAAUGAAAUGUCUUUAGCCUCAAAGUUUCUUGAAGAAAUAUGGCAACCUGAUACAUAUAUAAAAAAUGGUCAAAAAAGUUACCUUCAUACAUUAACAGUACCUAAUGUAUUAUUAAGAGUAAGAUCAGAUGGACAAGUAACAGUAUCACAAAGAUUAACAAUAAGAAGUAAAUGUAGGAUGUUUUUCUCAAAGUUUCCUCACGAUUCACAGUUAUGUCAUAUUGAGAUAGGUUCAUUAGGAUAUUUUGAUAAUGAAGUAACAUAUAAAUGGAAAAAAGUUGAACUUGAUAAAUCAAUGAGUAAUAUGUUAUCACAAUAUAAAUUAACAGGACAUUAUAUUGAAACAACAAAUCUUACCGAUCCAAGAUUUGAAAAUAAAGCAUAUACAGUUUUAAAAGUAUAUUUUGGUUUUAAAAGACAACAAGGUUUUUAUAUACUUCAAAUAUAUACUCCAUCAUCUUUGAUUGUUAUUAUGUCAUGGGUUAGUUUUUGGAUUAAUAAGGAAGCUUCACCAGCAAGAGUGGCUCUUGGUGUGAUGGCAGUUCUUUCUAUUUCAACUAUUGGUUUUACAAGUAGAAAUGAUUUACCUAAAGUGUCUUAUCCAACAGCAUUAGAUAUUUACAUGAUAACAUGUUUUGGGUUUGUUUUUGCAGCUUUAGUUGAAUAUGCCGUUAUUAAUUAUGCGCAAAUAGCAUAUAUUAAAAAAAAAUUAGAAGAAUUAAAAGGAUUAGAGAAUCAAAAAAUGAUACGACAAAUGUUUGCAUCAAGUAUCAUGACAGCUGAACGUGCUUCAUUUGAUAUUAUACAGGAUGAAAUACCUAUAAAUGCAGAAGAUAGACAAAUAUCAUGGUGGAAGAAACUUUUUUGUCGAGGAAAAGAGGAACAGAAAACUUCUGUUUUUUAUAGAAUGGCAGUUAAAGCAACGAAGGCUAAAGAAAAAUUAAAAAAUCAUGAUCCAGCAGAAGUUGUAAACAAAAUUGAUUAUAUCUCAAAAAUUAUAUUCCCUCUUGCUUAUGUAGCAUUUAAUAUUUUAUAUUGGUGUUCAUUUCUUUUUUGGAUAAAAGAUGAAGUUGAAUUAAUUGUAAAUUAA